UCUCUCCAUCCCUUCGCCCCAGCCCCCUGCUUGCUGGAGUCCGCGACUUCGGGGUCCGGAGGCCCCUGGGCGGUGCGGCGCGAGGGGGGGCGUCCCGCAGGCGGCGUGUCCCGCCUGGCGCGGUGGCGGGUCCCGGCGGCCGGGCGGGAGGGUGACAGAUGUGCUCCUCUGACGGCUCGCAGGAUCCGCCGGCGGCCGCCUGCCAUUGGCUCGACGCGGCGGACCGCGAGCGCCGCUCACUAUAAUAACACUCGUGCCCGCCGGCCGCGGCCACUGCGAGCGCGGACGCCGCUCGGGCACCGACUGCGGCUCGGGCCGCCCCACCCCGCUCAGCGCCCCCCGGCGCCUCGGGCCGGCAGCGGAGACCCGGGAGGCGCGGCGCGGCGGCGAUGCGGAGGCGGCGGAGCCGGGGCGCGCUCGGCCGAGGGGCGCUGUGAGCCCGGCUCCCCGCGGGCUGCUGCCGAGAGAGGCGGCGGCUGGUCCAGCCCGCAGCUUCCCUGCCGGCCCGGCCCGGCCCGGGCUCCGGCGCUGCGGCGGGCGCGGGUGCCUGCGAGCGCGGACUGCGGCGCGGGAGGUGGCGGCUGCCCCAUGGAGUGUUACUACAUUGUCAUCAGCUCCACGCAUCUCAGCAACGGACACUUUCGCAACGUCAAGGGAGUUUUCCGGGGCCCUCUGAGCAAGAACGGGAACAAAACUCUGGAUUAUGCUGAGAAAGAGAAUACCAUAGCAAAAGCUCUAGAAGACCUCAAGGCCAAUUUUUACUGUGAACUAUGUGACAAGCAAUAUUAUAAGCAUCAGGAGUUUGACAAUCACAUUAAUUCCUAUGACCAUGCACACAAGCAGAGACUCAAAGAACUGAAACAAAGAGAAUUUGCGAGAAAUGUAGCAUCUAAAUCCAGGAAGGAUGAAAGAAAACAGGAGAAAGCUCUCCAACGUCUGCACAAGCUUGCUGAGCUAAGAAAAGAAACUGUAUGUGCUCCUGGAAGCGGCCCCAUGUUCAAGUCAACAACUGUUACUGUGAGAGAAAAUUGUGAUGAAACUUCCCAAAGAGUUGUUGAGGAUUCAGUUAAUAAUAAAGAUGAUUUCAAAAACAACACCUUGCUUCAUAGUGAAGAGAAUGCUAAGGAUGUUACCCCAGUUGCUACAGAUUCAGAAAGCGCAAGUCAUUGUACAGCUCAAAAUAACCAACUUGGGGAUCAAGGCCCAGGAAUUCACAGACACAAAAUUGGCUUUUCUUUUGCAUUUCCAAAGAAAGCAGCAGUAAAACUGGAGUCCUCAGCAGCUGCCUUCUCUGAAAAUAAUGAUGAGGCCUCUGUGGGUAAAGGAUUUAGUAGAAAAAGUAGAUUUGUCCCUGGAGCUUGUCAUCUUCAACUAUCUUCGCCAACAGAUGUGCUUUUGAGUUCUGAGGAGAAAGUAAGCUCUUUUCAGUCUCCACAGGGAAUGUGUACUGACAAAGAAGCUACUCAAGUUCAAGAGAUUAAAGAUGAUUCCACUGAAAAUAUAUUACUAUUACCUUCAUUUCCCCAGUAUCAGCUCCCUUUAUUUUCUGUUGCAGAUAAUUGCACAAACGUAGUCCCACUGGAAGAUCAGAUACCAGUAGAGAAUAUCAUUAUUAAUGAAAACAUACCUAUGAAUGACAAUAGUUGUGAAUUGUUAGGGAAUAAACCUGUUGCUAUUGAGAUGUCUACAGACUGUGUAUCCUUGCAAGUUUCCACCGAGGAAAACGUUAAAGACAAUGAUGCAGCCCCAACUGAAGCUGAAAUAAAAAAUAAUGACCAUGAAAUGCUGCUCACUUCAAAUAUCAAAGAGGUUAAAACGACCAUCCAUAAAAAAACAGAUGUACCUAAAAGACCAGAUGAGCCAUUUGUACCUGUAUUAAACAAAGAUGGUACCACAGUUCUUCAGUGGCCAUCAGAAAUGCUAAUAUACACAGUUUCUCAACCAUCAAUUUCCUAUAGUUGUAAUCCUCUCUGUUUUGACUUCAAAUCUACUAAAGUAAACAAUAAUCUAGAUAAAAAUAAGCCACCCUCAAGUGAUCUUUCUUCUCAGCAGGAAAAAGAAAACUUUUCUAAGAGAACAAUUUCAGAUGGCAAGGAUGCCUCUAUUGUAGAAGUUCCUGACUCUGAAAUUGGAGAUGACAGUGGGGAAUAUAGUAAAGUACCUUCUCCUUUGGUAGAUGAUAUUGUCUCCAACAGUGGUGAUUCUGAAAAAAAUGAAAAUAUGGAUCAAAAAUACAAAAAUAUCUCCUGUAAAAUCAGAAAAGAAAGUAGAUAUAAUUUUACUAAAAAUCAAAUAAAACAGGACACUCCCAAUGAGAAAUACAACAAAAUAAGGUUGAAAGACACCCAUGCACAUUGGUUCCAUAAAAGUAAAAGAAAGAAAAGAAGAAGAAAAGUUUGUCAGCAACAUUAUGGGGAUAAAAUCAAAGAAUCAGAAACUUCCUUCAAAACGGAAAUGGAUAAUAGUUGUACUGAUACAACAAGGGAAAAGCUACUGGAAAUUUUUUCAGAAAAGCAAAAUUUAGCUCCAGAGCAAUUAUUAGAUUCACAUCAAUUGCUUAAUAAAGAGCUUGAAUCAGCAUCCAUAUACGUAACUGAAAAUGAGGAAGUAUGUAAGAGUUGGAACACUGAAUAUAAUAGUAAUGAUGUCAUCAAUUAUAAAAAUAACUGUAAAAAUAGCUCAUCUGUUUUAAAUGAACAAUCCAAUUCAACAAUGAUACAAUCUGGGAAACAUAAUUUAACAUACUCCAGAACUUAUUAUAGUUGGAAAGCCAAAAUGUCCAGUUGUAGUCCAGUUCACAAAUGCUUAGUUCUUCAAAAUGAUAUGAAACACACGAGUCAGAAUCCGGCUGUUAAAAGAGGUUAUAAUUCUCUCAUUAAUGAAUCUGAACGAUUUCAUCGAAAACGCAGACAACACUCAUAUUCUUAUUCUUCAGAAGAAAGUUUAAAUCAGCAGAAUUACUUUCCAGAAGAAUGUUUGAGAUCACCACAUGCUUCAGUAGCUCCUUGUAAGCCAAAAAGAAAACGGAAGAGAAAAAGAAGCAGGUUGCACACCAAAUUCGAAGUAUCGGAAUUUAAAGAGAACACAGAUUAUUCCAUGAAAGGUAAUCCUCCCUUAUGUCAACAACCUGAGUCAAUAAAUGAAGUCAAAAAUGAUGACAUAAAACCACAAGAAAUUUCAAGUUUGGAAGGGAACUCAGAACAAACAGAUAAAGUAGAGCAUGAACUGGUCUUUCACCCUAGCAGUCCCCUUCCUGCUGAAACCAGUGUAGACACUGAGCUGAUAGUGAAAGAGUCUAAUUCUGGAAAAUUGUCAGAGAUUUCCGGUGAAGCCUCCACAUCAGUCUGUGUAGCUAGUGCCUCCACAAAAGAAGAAAAUGACACCUUGCUUGACCACCAAGAAAGACGUUCGAAUAUAAAUACUAAUGAAAAGCAAAUCCCUGUCAAGAUGCCUAAUAGUGAAAGAAAUUUUAGACCGUCACCACCUAAAGCAUACCGUUGUCACUAUGAACUGGCUGAGGCCCUUCCACCAGGAAAGAUGAAUGAGGCCUCCCCGGAGCGGCUGCUUUUUAAUUCAGCUGUUCUGAACACACAACCCCCCUUAUCCUUUAAAGAAGCACACGUCAGCGGUCAUACCUUCGUAACAACCGAGCAAAUCCUGACUCCACUGGCUUUGCCAGAGCAGGCAUUAUUGAUUCCCAUAGAAAACCCCGACAAAUUAAAAAGCCUUCCCUGUGAGGUCUACCAGCACAUCAUCCCACCGAACAUGCUGGCCAACAAGGUCAAAUUCACUUUGCCUCCAGCCGCCCUCCCGCCCCCCAGCACACCUCUGCAGCCUUUGCCUUUGCAGCAGCCCUUAUGUUCUACCUCUGUAACCACUCUGCACCACACGGUUCUGCAUCAGCACGCGGCGGCCGCAGCCGCAGCUGCUGCAGCUGCAGCCGCAGGAACUUUUAAAGUGCUUCAGCCCCAACAGUUUCUGUCCCAAGUUCCAGCCCUCACCAGAACGUCAUUACCUCAAAUCUCAAUCGGACCCAUCGGACCCAGGCUUUGCCCGGGGAAUCAGCCGGCUUUCGUGGCCUCUCCUCAGAUGCCGGUCAUCCCAGCUUCAGUGCUCCAUCCCAGCCAUCUGACCUUCACGCCUUUGCCCCAUGCUCUCUUUCCUUCGCUGCUUUCCCCACACCCUACUGUCAUUCCUCUGCAGCCCCUCUUCUAGUCAUCGCCAUUCAAAAGAAAGACACAUUCACAUGAAAAUUAUUGCUAUGUUCAUAAACAUUCAUCUACGUGGAUAAUUUUCUAUUUCAAUGGUGGAAAUAAGCAGGUCGGAGAAUGGCAUCAUUGAUAUGAAAUAAGUUACUGUAAGUGUAAUGAUGCAAAUAAACUCUUAAGUUUCAUAUACGUAUAUAUAUAUAAAGGUAAGGCACUGAAUAGUUUGAAAAUAAAUAUAUGCUGUAUAUUAAAAUGAUGUCUUAAAAGUAUGUAUAAUGUACAUAAAAUAUAUUUAUAGUACUGUAACUUAUGUUGUAAAGUAUGCUAUUUGUUUUUUUUUUAAUUUGUGUAUUUGCACCUAUUUAAUGUUUAGAAAAAGCUGAUAACACUAUGUUUUGUACCAUGUUCCUUGAAACUGUAAAUUCAGUGCAAAAAUAUCUUGCAAUAAAUUUUUGUUAAAUAUUUAAGUAAAACAAAUUUUUGUUCUUAAUUGGUUUUCACUCUUUAAAGAAUGCAUACGAACAAAAGUUUGGAUUUAUCUAUUUUCUUCUCUUUACUGGUGUUUUUGAAACUUAGGGGUGCAACAAAUUGUCAUUUUUACUGUCAAUACUUAAACUGUAAUACCACCUUUCAGAAAAAAUUAUAAAAGGUCUAAUUAGUACUUUAUAAUUAGUACUUUUCUCUUAGUACUAAUUUUCAUUUACUAUUUUUUUCUGAACAACUGACCCUCUAGAUCAGUAAUUUCUAAUUUUUGAACACCUUUAAGCUGUGUUGGUUCAUUAACAAAUGGUUAGAAGCCACCAUUCUAGACAAUAAACAAAUGUUAGGGGUUGGUGGAGGAAUAACUAAAAACUAUGUACAGUUCACAGUAACCUUUCAGGAACCGUAAAAUAUACUUGUUGGGGAAAAAAAAGGGGGCAGAUGAUGAAUAUAAGAUCUUAUAACAUUUUUAUGUAUUAAAAUCCUCAUGUUUAUAUUCACAGGUUGCUUAAACAUAUUGGUUCAUAUUGGUAUGAACUAAGGAAUUUGUCAACUAAUAAUUAGUUUCUAUUAUGUAACAUGCUGGAGAAAAUUAGUAUAAUCUCAUCUGGACAUACUUAACUGAGAAUCUGAAAGAAAUAAGCACAUUAAACUGAUAAUUUCCCCUGAAAAUACUUUUAGUAGUGAACAUUUAUCAUAUAAUUAUAUAUCCAAGUCACCCUAUAAC